UUGCAGGUGGGCUGCUUGAAGUAUCAAGAGGAGGAAGAGGGAGAGUUUAAAGUAGUGGAAUUAUAUUCCGGAGAAACGACUAUUGGUCGUGUUAGCAGCAGUGGAGUUGGUCGACACGUAAUUAUUCCCCAUCCGAUUUUGUACUUUCGAAAUUUCCAUUUUUUGCAAAAGCCGCUCGGUGAUUCCAUUCAUGGUCUAAUUUGCAUUGACAAGAAAGGGUUUUGGCAGCUUAGUGAGAUGACAGAGUUAUUCAGAAGACACUAUACCGUAUCUGCCCUUCACGCUCGUUUAACCAUUUCCGGUGAGACGUUUCUCAUUGCUGAUUUAGGUUCAACUAAUGGGACAAUGGUGAAUGGGGUUAUCUUGACAGAACGCUUUAUACAGUACCAAGUGAAGGAGGGUGAUUGUCUGAAAUUUGGAGACUUGAAAUGUCAAGUUUCUUUGAGAUGUGGUUUUAAGGAAAAAUUCUUGUCAUCAAUUUUUCUUGUAAUUGCAGAUUUAACAGAUGCGUCGGUUAAGUCGUGUGAAAUUAAUGAUGAAAACUUGGCCGACUCAAUUAAAAAAGGGAAAUCCGACUCAGUCAGAGAGGUUGGAAAAAAUUUAUUUUGUGCAGCGAAUACUUCGUCGAGUAGUGUUUCUGUGCUUAAGACAGUUGUGGAAGAGAAUUUGAAUUGUGCAGAUAAGGAUGUUGGUAUGGAUACUCCUAGUAAAUACGACAAGGAAGAACUUGUUUCUAUUUUAGUUGAAGCUAAACAGAAAAAUCACAGAGACUUACUACCCCCAAUCGAGCAGUCACAUAUUAAAAUUUAUGAGUUUCAUGGUUUGGGUGCUGAAAACUGUAAUAUUUGUCCCGAAGCAGGGAAUUUUGGGACUCGGGACCAGUUUUUUGGUUUUAAAAUUUCUGGCUCUCCAAGUUCUCUUCAUCCAGAGUCUGAAUCGCAAAAAAAUGUUUUAUCGAGAUUCAAUGAAAUAGAUCGCUGUGAAUCUGCUCAAGACCAGUUUGGUAUUUCGAAGAAGAAACGGUGUAGGAAAUCGUUGAUGAAAUUCAAUGAUAUUCGGGUGUUUUUCCUAAGUGGUUUCACUGAAGACCAGCUUACUGCAAUGAUAAAAAAAAUUGAGAAGAUGGGUGCCCAAACCACACUCUCUAUUAGCGAUGCUACACAUGUUAUUGGAGUCAAAGUAAGGCGAACAACGAAUUUUGUGUGUGCGGUUGCUCUUCGUCUUCCCAUUGUUUCUGAGGAAUGGAUUGAUGACAGUCUUGCCUUGAAAACUGACACGUGGAAGAGACAUCUUUUGCUCGAUCCUGUUGGUGAAAAACGUGCUGAAAUUGUUAUUCGGGAUAUUUACAAAGAGCCUUUUUCGGAUAUUUUAGCUGGGUUUAGUGUUUAUACAACGACAAAUGUAGUGCCACCGAAGGACCAGAUCAAGACUGUUGUGGAAUGCAUUGGUGCUAAACUUAUUGAUGCACUUCCAGCGAAGAAAUGGAAAUGUGUCGUUUUGACAAGUCAGAAGGACUAUGAUUCUAGCGAAGUAAAUUUGGCUAAGAACAUAGGAAUUCCUAUUAUCGAAUGUAGAAGUUUAUACGCUGCGAUUUUUUGCAACAGUACUAGUGCUUUAAAAUUCAUUUCGGGAAGUUUGGGCUAA